AUGUCCAGUAUCAGCUAUCUUCUAAAUCCUAUUCUCCACAAUAAACCCGAAGAAAGCCGGAGAAAUGUGCGAUCAAAACCUGGCUUUCAACCGAGAACCAUAUUGGUCACUGGAGUGGGGAUGACGAAAGGAUUGGUCUUAGCACGGUCAUUCUACGAAGCAGGACAUAAGGUCCUUGGAGCCGAUUUCGAAGCCAACGGUGCACCAGUCUGUGGAAGAGUGUCCAGAGCCUUGACGAGUUUCCAUCCUUUGAGAAAACCAGAUGUAGUCAGCGGUUCUGCACCAUAUCUGCAAAGUCUUCUUGAUAUCAUCAUCACUGAGGAAGUUGAUAUUUGGGUCAGUUGUUCUGGUGUUGCUUCUGCCGUUGAUGAUGGGAUGGCGAAAGAAAUCAUCGAAGCCAGAACAGACUGUAAGGCGAUUCAGUACGAUGUCAAGACAACGGAAAUGCUUCAUGAGAAACAUAGUUUCAUUGAGCAUACCAAGUCUCUCGGUCUGACCGUGCCCGAGACUUUUGAGAUUACCAAAAGGAAUACUGUCGAGGAACUCCUCCGGAAUACACCUCAUGGCCGAAAAUUCAUCAUGAAAACAAUUGGAAUGGACGACUCUGUGCGUGCGGACAUGACACUCCUGCCAAAAGCAACACAGGAGGAAACGUCGAGGCAUAUCGCGAGGCUGAAAAUCUCGGAGAAGACGCCUUGGAUCCUGCAACAAUUUAUCAAAGGCAAAGAAUACUGCACUCACUCGCUUGUGGUCAAUGGCCACGUCAAGGCAUUUGUUGCAUGCCCUUCCGCAGAACUACUCAUGCAUUACGAAGCCCUUCCGGCCGAUUCAUCACUCAGUCGAGCAAUGCUCGCGUUUACGAAGACUUAUGCCGAAGGAGGCGGCCAAGGAUUUACAGGCCAUCUUUCAUUCGACUUCAUGGUGGAAGACCCUCUGAGCAAUGACGCCAGUGGCAUUGUCCUAUAUCCCAUCGAGUGUAACCCGAGGGCUCAUACUGCAGUCGCAUUAUUUAAUGGCAUGCAGUCAAUGAUUGAUGGUUACCUCUCAGUGCUUCCCGAUCAUUCAGCAUCUGAGAACCGACUGAUGAUACCGCAAAGAAAGGACAAAUACUACUGGGUCGGACAUGAUCUGGUCACCAAGGUCAUUCUGCCAACGGCACAGUUCCUUACCUUGAACACUUCACUAUCAAUACUCCUUUCAAACUACAAGAUCUUUUUGCUGCACUUCUUCAUCUGGAAAGACGGAACAUAUGAGAUCUGGGACCCACUACCUUGGUGGUGGCUCUACCAUGUUUACUGGCCGAUGCAAUUUCUAUCAUGCAUUCGUACGGGCAGGAAAUGGAGUCGUCUCAAUGUCAGCACCACCAAGAUGUUUGAAUGCUAA